AUGGCUGCCGUUCUGCCUGUUACUCCCGUAGUGCCCUCCCAGCCAUCCCCCCGACGCAUGCCACGGCGCCUUACGAUCUCGAUCAUGAACAAUCCCCCUAAUUUCUCUUCGCUGGCGCCUCUGUCAUCGCCCUCGAGCUCUAGCUCCUCUGGGUCUGACGACGAAUCGCCCAUGCCUCCUCCGGGGCUCGGCGGUCGGCGGCUGAGCGCGAGCCGAACCAGCACUCCGACGCCGAAAGUCAACCCAUACGCCGCUGGAGGAGCCCUGUGCGAGCUGGCUGAAAUAGCCGAGCCAACCGUUACUCCUGCGCCAACUGCCCGCCCCCGCUUGCUCCCCCAGUCUACCUCGUUCUUUGUCCAAUCACCUGCGCCCACUCCUGCUCGCCCAGCAUCUGCUCUUCCCAAAAAGACAAACCCCUACGCUGCCGGAGGUGCUCUGUCUGAAACACCCACUCCCGUCCCAACCCCUAAGCCAAAGUCGCUGGAAAAACCCAUGUCCCGACCACUCAAUCUCCGCGUUCUUACCGCUCGCCAGAUCCAGGACAUGGCCCAGGCCGCGCAGGUUGCCCACAACAACCAGACGCUCCCAGAGAAGGCGCUUCCCCGCUUUGGCGGUGUCGUGGGCUUUGGCCAGCCGUCCUCUUCUCCCCUUCGCAAACUCGCGUUUGACGAGAGCGAUGUCAGCGAUGACAGCUGCAGCUCCGACGGAGGAUCCGCACACAGCGACUGGUCCUCUGAAGAAGGCAGUGACUCCGAGUCGUUGGAGGAAUGGGAGCGCCAGCUCGGUGACGUCUCCUGGUUCGUCGACAACGGCUACGAUUAA